AUGCCAUUCGCUUUCUCACUUCCUGCUCUACCUACAUACUUACUUUCAAUAGUGAGGCUAUUGUGUGGAGGUGGGUAUCAGGGAGGGUGGUGCUGGUUGGGACGUGGGGGUGGUGGUGCCGCAGUUGUCACGGUUCCUGUCCCACCCCCCCGGUGGGGUGGAGCCGCGACACAAACUAACACUCUAGAAUGUAGCAUUUUGAACGAUGCAGACAAUGGGCAGCGGCACCGGGGGCGGGACAUAGACACAGACACAGACAGACGGCGUUGGAGGAGGUCGUGUCUGGUGUCUGCUCUGCUCAGCUCAGCUAUACUCUACCCUACCAUCAUCUACUAUACUAUAUUAUACUCUAGGUGCGGCGGGGACAGGCGGCGACCAGAAGGGGAGUGGGUGAAGUGGCCACGCUCCCGCUCCUUGUUCCCGGCGCCGCGGCGAAGCUUCUGCUGCUCGGACCCCGCAGGGACCAUCACUCGAAAAAGCUCUGCCCCUGGUUUACUGGUGGUUGGGCACAGCCUGGUACCAGUUAACAACGGCCAUCUCCUUGAUCGAUGUCUUUACUCUGUCCAGGUACGUGCUCCGGGGAUCCACAGACUCCCUUCCUCCACCUGGUCACACCCAUCCCCACUGCCUCCUCCAUCUCCUCCCCACCUCUGUACUGAACACACCCUCCCACAGGACACCCAGUCACACUGAACCACCGAUAAAUAGACAAUAGACCAUAGG